ACCAUCGCAUCACCCAAUGCCAACGCCGUUUAGGAAACCGUGAGUAGGAAUAUCAUAUUAUUGGGUUUGUUGGGGGAUAUUUAUUAGUUAGUCGAGUUCUGUUGGUGGUCUAUGUUGAUACAACCUGAUAAUAAUGCAGUGCGGCUCGUUGGUGUCAUAUCACAGCUCAUCCUCCUCAUCUGCGCUCUCAGAUAAUGGCACAAUUUACCAAGUCCAUCUCCAUCCAAGCCGUAUUGGAGGAGUCAGUUGACAUUUGACCGAGUCAGAGUGGAUGUGCACAAGGCAUCCUGCUUUAUUCGUGUCAAAAAGUACAUCAAAUUCAGUUCAGGUAGUGCUUCAUGGACGACCUGUCAUUGCACAAGCCCUGAAAUAGACUAGAAAGUGACACAAAGUAAAGAGUAAAAAAACAGCUUGAGGUGCUGAUCUGUAGCUGUUCCUCCGAAACAACAAAGGACCAAUUAAGAAUCAUCACUCGUCGACGUCUCUUGUGUGCAGUGCAGCAUAGUCAGAUCCAUCCACAUCAUAUUAAAAGUUUGCUAUUUUUUGCGAAUCGAAUCAAGGAAGAAGAAGGGCGUGUGCAUUUUUCUGUGUUCGGCUGCUGGCUCCAAUUACUUAUUAUUGCCUGGAAGACCUGCACCACUUACAGGUCUGAACCAACGCUACGAGGUAAAUAGCAGAAUUGCCACAUUUCUUACGCUCUUGCUGCACUUUGCUCCUGCUGCCUUUGUCUCACAAUAAUCAAUCAAAUGAGUAAAAGGAACAAGUCAAUCACAUUGCUACGAUUUUGUUAUUAGUCGUAACAGCAGCGCAUUAUUAGUCGUGUCGUAUGUACAACAACGACACUCGAGAAGAAAAAUGUGAGACAGUUUUACGUUGCGAGUUACUACUAAAUACUAUUUGGUAGGUUCUUUUUAUGGACUUGUGAACAAUGCUCUCGUGCUCACUACGACUACCCAGUGCUGAAUAAAUAGGGGUGUGUGAUCGCGGUGAGACAAAGACAUUUCCUGGAAGAAAUUUAUUGCUCACAGACGAGACUACCUGCACACUAAACAAAUCAUCCACUACGACAGAAAUAUAAUUCAUCACAUCGUCCAGCCAAAGGAUAAGAAGAAGAGCAAAAUUGUAUCCAAUCCAGAUCAGAUCAGACAGUUGUUGUGCAUUGAAUGUCCUUCUGGAUUGCAUCUUCUCGCGUUAAUUGCUGCUGAAAGUGUUGCUGGAUUCAAGAAAUAGCUCCGAUUACUUACGUUACAUUAUCCCGUCGCCGUUAAACUAUAAAAGUUGCUGCUGCUGGUAGUAAAAGGUCUCACAUUUCCUCAUUAAACAAACUAUUUAUUAAUUGUUCAUGCUCGGAUGAUUUCACGGAAAGUUGUACUUUUCCACUUGUGGAACAUAUCCUUUCGCAGUUCUUGGUACUUGUGAGUACGUGUGCGAGAAUCGCAUAUAGUUCGAAUAGCAGGCAGAGUGUUUAGUAACGGUGAUACAAAUUGCAGCAACUGACUGCUGCUGCUGCUGAAUAUAGCCUCAGAACACAAGUAUCAAACGACCUCAGCAGAGCAGUCUUCCUGCGCAUUGUUAUCCGAGACGGUAUCGUCGUCCCCGUCAGCAUCUCAUCCAGACCGGUCCAUAGUCUAAUUUCAGCUCGGAUUGAUUUCAGCAAGGCGUAAGAAAGAAUCCAUCCCAUUUUAUGAUUAUUGUGAAGAAAAAGAAGCCCGAGGUUACUCCGCAAUAAAUAAUAACCCAACAGCAUCAUCACCAUUACCCUCCACGAUAUUAACAUUAUCACCCUGCAGGAAGGUCUUACUACCACCAAAUAGCUCAACCAAACCUAAUAAUAAACCUUUAAGAGCACAAAUCUCCUCUUCUUCUCACACUCUCGCAGUCCGUCAGAGUGAACCCUCAAUCGCCAAACGCUCUCUCAGAAAGUGGUGGCCACUUGUUGCUGGUGAAACUACUCUCACUCACUCCCUUCCCGUACUUAACUUCAAGGUGAUUCUUCCUCAUAACACAAGAGAAGUGAGAUCGACCAGUCCUUCGAAAUGACUUCGACCAGGGGAGGCGUCGCAGCGAUGAUGGGGGCCGCCAUGGAGAGCGUGGCCAACUGGACUCUGGAGGCAGCAGGGGCCUUGACCAGGGUGGACGAGGACGAAAUGUUCAUGUUUGACGAAGACUUGACAUCCAACAAUAACAACAACAACAACAGUAAACCACCGCCACCACCUCCUCCUCAGCUCCGAAGGACGAGCAAUUCGCAAUGCCUGGGCGCCCUUGUGAUGCACGAUCUCGAAUACAUGACGCUGGAGGAUGGGGGUCUCGGUCUGGGCAGGAAAUUCGGGGACGAUGACGAAGAUGAGACGCUCCUUUCCGUCUCAAAGACUGAAAAUACAUUUAUCCGUCCGAAACCACGCUUCCAUUUCUACGGGGUGAGCCCGGCAGACUCGUUCAGUGCUGCAGCCUCGUCGGUGGAUUCUGACCUAAGCGCCAGCAUCACGAUCGAAGGAUUACGGGAUCAUCUUCAAUCUUGCUUCACAUGCGGCGUGUUGUGGCGUGAGAACCAAGCCAGCCUAGAUUGCCUGGAAUGUGAUGGAUAUGCCCUCACAAGGCCCUGCAUUGACUGUGAUGGGAGUUGCUCGACCGUCAUGACCAGAGAUUUGACCACGUCUCAUCAGACUCACAAGGCGAAAUGGCUCGGCACUUGCAAGCUUAUUUUAAGAAAUUGCUCAAUUGGAACGGAAUCCGUGGAAAACUAGAUAGAUUAAUUAAUUUCAUAUUUGUAUUCACAUACAUGAAAAUCCACACACAACUACUCCUCCGGCCACACAAUACACAUACAUUUAGAGAUGGAACAAUUUAUUAUUGCGCUCGGUUAAACUUCGUUUUUAUAAUAAAAUUAUAAAUACUAUACAGAGUUCUACACAAGUAAUUAAAGACGUUUUUUUAAAUAAAUGCCAGUCCAUCUCCG